AUGUCAGCCACCAAUAUCACCUCAACCCAUCCAGCUGCCUUCUUGUUAAUUGGAAUUCCUGGUUUGGAGCACCUACACAUCUGGAUCUCCAUUCCUUUCUGCUUUGCCUACACUCUGGCACUUCUGGGCAAUUGCACCCUUCUCUUUAUUAUUCGGGUUGAUGCAGCCCUUCACGAACCCAUGUACCUCUUUCUGGCCAUGCUUGCAAGCAUUGAUCUGGUCCUCUCGACUACAACAUUGCCCAAAAUGCUGGCUAUUUUUUGGUUCAGAGAUCAAGAAGUCAACUUCUAUGCCUGCCUGGUUCAGAUGUUCUUUCUCCACUCCUUCUCUAUCAUGGAGUCAGCGGUGCUAUUGGCCAUGGCCUUUGACCGCUAUGUGGCCAUCUGCAAGCCACUAUAUUACACCACAAUCCUGACUAGGCCACUUAUCACCAAGAUUGGCAUGGCCACAAUAGUCCGGGCUGUUGCAUUAAUGAUUCCACUCCCUUUUCUGCUCAGACGCUUCCACUACUGUCGAGGCACAGUUAUCGCCCACUGCUACUGUGAACACAUGGCUGUGGUGAGGCUGGCGUGUGGGGAUACCCGCUUCAACAAUAUCUAUGGCAUUGCUGUGGCCUUGAUUAUCGUGGUGUUGGACCUGCUGUUUGUCAUCCUGUCUUACAUUUUUAUUCUUCGAGCAGUUCUGCAGCUUGCCUCCCAGGAGGCCCGCUACAAGGCAUUUGGAACCUGUGUGUCUCACAUAGGUGCCAUCCUGUCCACCUAUACACCCGUGCUCAUCUCUUCAGUCAUGCACCGUGUGGCUCGCCGGGCUGCCCCCCACGUCCACAUACUUCUUGCCAGUUUCUAUCUUCUCUUCCCACCCAUGAUCAAUCCCAUUAUCUAUGGUGUCAAGACUAAGCAGAUUCGUAAUCAUGUGCUCAGACUAUUCCAGAGGAAGGAUGUGUAA